GUUCUCUCGGAAGUGUUCUAAAUGUCCAAGCUUGUGGACCACAUGUGUGUAAAAACAUUACUUUGAAGUAACAUUACUUUGCAACUAGUGACUUGGACUAGUAACUUGGAAAUGACAGACACGAUAAACACAGAGACAGGAAAUGAAGGAGAUCUCCUGUCCCAAAUCGAAGAAGUGGAGGCCCUGUCUGCCAUCUACGGUGAUGAAUGGUGUGUCAUUGAUGAGGCCUCCAGAAUAUUUUGCAUCAAAAUAUCAAAUGAUAUGGAGGAGCCCAAGCUCACAGCAUGUUUGCAGAUAAUUCUCCCACCUGAAUAUCCCAGCGCAGCCCCGCCGAUCUACCAGAUCAAUGCGGCGUGGCUGCGAGGCUGCGAGAGGGUAAAAUUGGCCAACAGCCUGGAAGACCUCUACGUGGAGCGUGUUGGAGAGAGCAUCCUUUACAUGUGGGUGGAAAAGAUCAGAGAAUUCCUUGUUGAGAAAGCCCGGGAUUCAGAAACAGUGGACCACUCAGACAGGGUCAACCUCACCGCUGAGGAGGAGGUGGAUGAUGAUGAUGAUGAUGAUGUGCCAGUCUUUCGCGGUCUCACACUGAGAAGCUCAGAGGAUGCACACCUCUUCCUGGAACACACAAACGAUGAAGAGGUGCCCCUGAUAAAACACGGAAGCUGCAUCACAGACAGACGCAGCACCUUCCAGCCUCACCUUGCUCCCGUCGUGACGCCAAGACAGGUGAAAGCCGUCCUGGACAAGCUGUACGAAAACAAGAAGAUUGCAAGUGCCACUCACAACAUUUACGCAUACAGGAUUUACUGCGAGGACAAGCAGAGCUUCCUACAGGACUGCGAGGACGACGGGGAGACAGCAGCAGGUGGAAGGCUGUUGCAUUUACUCCAGAUUCUGGACGUGCGCAACGUGAUGGUGGUGGUGUCGCGGUGGUAUGGAGGUAUUUUGUUGGGGCCUGACCGCUUCAAGCACAUCAACAACUGCGCCCGGAACAUCCUGGUAGAAGAAGGAUACACCGCCUCCAUGGGUCACGGGGCUAACCUGGAGCCCAGCUGACUGUGGGCGAGAGGCGGGGUACACCCUGGACAGAUCACAAGCCAAUUCUAGGGCACAUAUAAACAAACAACCAUACACACUCAUUCAUUUUUCCCCAACCUAAUUUUCCACAAAUUACAACUUUAUUUUGUUUCGUUUGUUUCUCAAAUUACGACUUUUUUCCUUUGAUAUUUCAGCUCUGUGCUACUAAAAUGUAUUUUUUUCCCGCUCAUAAUAUUACAAGUUUAUUCUUAUAAAGUUGUGACGCUUGUUAAAUAUGACUUUUUUUCCUCUUGAUAUUUUAACUUUAUUCUCCUAAAAUUACAGGUGUUUUUUCUAUUUCAGUUUUUGUUUUUCACCCCAACUAUUCUUCUCCAACUUUGUUCCUGUACAUUUUCUUCUUGUAAUCAUGACUUUAUUCCCAUAAUAUGUUUACUUUGUUCUUGUAGCAUUAUAAUUUUCUGCAAUUGGAAUUUUCCAAAAAUUACAUCUUUUUGUUUCUCAUAUUACAACUUUUUUUGUUCUUUAAUCGUUCAAUUUUAUGCUCCUAAAAUGACAUUAUUUUCCUCAUAAUGUUGCAUUCUUAGAAAAUUACUGCUGAUUUUUCCAUUCUUGCUAUUUUUUAAGUUUUCUAGUUUUAUUAUAAGAAGACUGAGGAAAUUUGGCAUGUCCACCACAAUCCUGAGUUGCUUCUACAGAUGCACUAUCGAAAGUGUCCUUACCGCCUCCAUCACUGUUUGGUACGGUAACUGUACAACACGUGAUAGGAAAGCACUCCAGCGGGUGAUCAAGACCUCACAGAACAUUGUUGGGGCAGCCCUCCCCUCACUGCAAGACAUUUAUAAAUCUAGAGUCCUACGAAGAACACACAACCUCAUCAAGGACAGCACACAUCCACAACACUCAUUAUUCACACUCCUACCGUCAGGCAGACGCUACAGGAGUUUGAAGUCCAGGACCACAAGGCCGGCAAACAGCUUUUACCCACAGGCCAUCAGGCUUCUCAACGAAGCACUCACACACGCCGCAUGCAACACACGCACACACUCAUAGCACUUUAUUUAUUUAUUUAUUUAUUUAUUUGUAUAUUUAUUUGUAUUAAUGUCACUUCUGUUGUUGUUGCUUAAUUUAUUGGUAUAUAUG